AUGUCCGUGCAUCCGUUUUAUCAACAUGUGGUGGUCACGGGGUUACCCUAUGACCGCGGAUUCUCCUAUGGUGAGCAAACCAAGGAGAAGAUCCGGCUCAACGUCGCGUACUAUAAGCAGCCGGGAAAGCUAGGACCCUGGUUUUCGGUUUCGAGUGUCAUUAAAAACUGCUACAUUCCCGGGCUGCAGCGUUACUGGCCAUCGGGAUGGGAAGAGAUGCGUGGUGUUGCCGCUGGCGCUGGUGUUACCGUCGAAGAAAUUGUCAUGUUGAAUGCGCGAUAUGAUCUCUCGCAUGUAAGGUUCGAGGCUAUUCCUGAAAUUCUUCAGGAGGCGCCUGCCGUCGAAGUAGCUGUGGAGGAAUUUAAGGCAGCCGAGGUUUCCGAACCUACCGAGAAGCCUCCCGCUGAGGAAAAGACCAUCUGCAAAGACCAGCAGGUUGAAGUCGCAGAAGAAUGUACAUCCGUAAUCAUUCUAGCCCCUGCCACAAGGGACCGGGAGGUCUUCACUGCGCAGAACUGGGAUAUGUCCCACCGACUUUUCACCGAAGACGCCAUUAUCUACCUCGAGAUUCAUCCAGAUUCCUCCGAAAACAUCCCGUCAAUGUUCCUUGUCACUGAGGCAGGUCAGCUGGGCCGCUCAGGGUGCAACAGCGCCGGGCUAGGACUCACAGCAAACUCCCUGCAGAGCAACAUGGACCUAGCGCCCGACUGCUCAAUCCCUAUCCCCCCAUCUGUGGCGUUGAGACGGCUAUUUCUUGAGCAAUCUAAUUACUCAAUGGGACUUAAGUACAUCGCCCGGACCCCACGCCACGUCGCAUUUAACAUCAUGGCCUCAUCUGCUGACGACAUUGGCAUUUGUCUGGAAGUGACACCGAGGACGAUCUUCAGGUCCGUCAUUUCAUCGGGUUCAAAAAAGCCGUACCUGGUGCACAGUAACCACUUCCAGACUGGGCCUUUCCUGUCACAGACACAAACUACUGACGCAUACAUCGGAGGGAGCUCAUGGUAUCGCGGUCAUCGCCUCGAAGCAGGCCUACGUGGAAAAGCACAAAAUGAAAAUUUGGGUACACAAGAUAUUGUAGCAGCAUUUCAAGACCAUGCAGGUUAUCCGCAUAGUCUAUGUGAGCACGCUGUUGAGGCGGAAAGUUCCAAGGAGAGGAGUCCUGGGCCGUAUUCUGGGCCCACGUCGACCGUCUGCUGCGUCGUUUAUAAUCUGUCUAAACGCACGGUGCGAGUCUGUAAAGGUUGCCCGUGCGAGGGAACGUUUCAAGAUUUCGAGUUGCGAUAA